GUAAACAAGUUUUCGUGCGCACCAGUGCGAGCUGCCGAAUUCGCAAUUACCUAAUGUUCUCCGCUUCGUUUCGAUUCAAUUUUAAUUUUUCGCGCGGCAAGACGCGGCGACCUCUGUCGGAGCAGUCGAGAAGCUAUGGAGCACUGUAGAGCGGCAGCUCGAGCCCGCCGGUCUUCGUUAUCGCUUACUCCGUGGCCGCGCCGCGUGCGCGCACCGAGAUGGCGGGUCGGGCGCGGCGCGCGCGAGUCGCAUUUCGCCGCGGACGGUUCGAUAAAAAUCAGUCGUCGCUCGGUGGCUGACUUCGCACGAUCGGGGAUCGUUUUUGCGGCCGUUGCGUGUGUCUCGCGCGCGCUCUCUCUCUCUCUCUCUUUUCUUUCCUCGGCGACGAGCGGCGUAUCGCGCGGAUAGCGGCUCGCUUUGCGCCGCGGCUGCCCGGCGCGCCGUUACCGGUCCCCGGGAUCCGGAGCGAGACGCCUGGAAUGAUAAAUGGUGGCCACCAGCAGCAUGGUAUAUGAGGAGAUAGUCGGUAUACGGGGCAGCUGACCCCAGCCACCGCGCACGCUUUUCACGCGCGAGAUGCCCCACAAUCUAAACCCAGCCUCCACCAACUCCGCCAACACGGGACCGAAUCAUCAAGCCUAUCCCCAGCAGCCGUACCAUCGGGAGAAUGCAGAUGGUCUUCAGCCGGAGAAAGAACCGGUGAAAUUCGACACGUCGCAUCUGCGAGGUGCUCCAGCGGAGGUCGAGGCGUUGGUGCACAACAUCAAGGAGGUCGCCCAUCAGUUCCUCUAUCACUGGCGAACGUUCCCCAUCGUCCUGCCGCCGCCGUUGUCCUCGUGCACGGAGGGCGAGGACACGUUGGCGCGGAAGAAGUACCACCUGAAAGACCUCUUCGUGGCGCCCAGCUUCGACGAGCUGGACGCCGUCGCCGUGGACAGCAAGGGCGAGCCCAGGAGACUGACCAACAAGCAGCUGGAGAGUAUCAGGGAGCGGGGCUUACACAAGGAUAAAUAUGGAAAGCCGAAGAAGCUGAAUGCCACUCAGUUGGAGAGCAUUCGAAGAUGCGGGGAGUUCGAGGUGGACUCGAUCAACUUUGCCGGGCAGACCCACCGAUGGCGAUUGAGCGGACUCCUGCAGCGCGGCCGGGACAGACGGCGAGACGCGCUGCUCACAGAUCUCGCCCUGGCGACUAGGUUUCUCGUUGUAACGGCAAAGGCUAGAUUAGUUUCCCAUUGCUUCAGUGUCUCGCAAUCCCUUAAAGCAUUGUUAACGGGGCUGUUGCGACUUCUCGACAUCAUAAUCGGCGUACCGUCGCUCCAGGCACACAAUCUAGAUGCUAAAAUUAGGGAGGAGCGCUGCCGGUACCUGGUGGCGGAGUUGGUCUGCAGGUCGGAAUAUGAGGAUUCUCUGGAGCUACUAUGUGGAUUUAUACGGAAGCAGCUUCGCCGGGCGACCACGGAGAAGUUCGAGGUCGAGAGAGAAUCGUCCCAGCUGUUGCCCGUUUCAGUUCCUUUCGUAUUUGGGACACCUGGUGGGGCCGCGGUCGAUCUCAGACUGUUCAGCAGGGACAUAAUCAGGAAAGCUCUGCCGACGCUCGUUGCAAUUCUGGAGAGAGAGACAAGAGGCUGGUUCCUUCACUUUAGAGAAAGACUGAUAUCUGAAUUGAGAGCACAAAAGAAACCGGACGAGGAAAUAGAACGAGAAGUCAACGAAGCGGUGAUGCGUGAAUAUUUGCAAAGAGUAUACUCGAAUAUCCUGUCGCAUCCCGACAUACUUGCGCUGGGUGAGGGUAUCCCUCAGCUGCUGGUUCAACAGGCGCAGUCGGUCGUGCUGAUGCACCGAGCGGUGGAGAAUGUGCAACGGAAGCUAUCGCAAACCAAAGAAUCUCUGCGGCACCGCAUCGAGAGCGAGCAUCCGAUCCUGUCGCGGAUACAGCCGUGGAUGCGCGACCGCAUGCGCGAGGCCGAGGAGAAUUUCAUCGAGGAGUGCGAGUGGAGCGCGCAUGAGGAAGCUCUCGCGCUCUGCAGCCAUCAGAAUCUCACCCAGACCGUCUACUUCCUCAAUCGUGAUUUAACUUUCAUGAAAGAGAGAGAGCCAGUUCUCCUGAAAGAACUGCGGAAGGUGAAAACCCCGACGAGGACUUUCCAGUGGCCGACGCAAAUCUGGCUACCGAAGAACUGGAUAAUAAGACGCAAUUUCCAAGGCCAGUCCGAAAUAAUUCCAACCGUACUGAGCAACACUCCAACUUCUAUCACGACGCCUCGCGCGGAUCCCAGCCAGCCCGUCUUUUUGGUUGAACGAGAGAUUGUGCACACAACCACGACAAGGUGGCCGAUGUGGCGUUGGAUAAAUUACAUCGCCAGGACAUGGUGUUGGACUUGGAAUGCGAUGUUCCUCUUGGGUGUAGCCGUACCGUGGUGUAGCCCGGUGUCUUUCCGCGCUUUACUGCUGGUGCAACCGUUUACUCCCGACCUGGAAUUGAGUCAACUCAACGGGACGUUGUUCCCGAGAAAGUCGUCGCAAAUGCCUACUCUUUGUUCCCGACUAAUAGCACUCUGGAGGCACAUCAGUAAAAGUCGAACGCACUUUGAAACUGAGCCAGACACAGGAUUCAUCGGCAAAGGCAUGACCAGGCAUUUAAAUAGACUAUGGAACUACGGUGCCAAGGGUUUGCUAGGCACACUCAUCAUCCUGUUCGUGUUUCCCGUAGUGUGCAUUCUCGCGAGCGUCAGUUCACUGAUUGUCGCUCUCACUGCGGUCUUGUGGAUGCCUCUGGUCACGUUGACGCUGCAUGCGUUCAUGGCGCUCAUAAUGGAUCUAGACAGUCCUGAGUCGAGCCGCAAUCGAUACUUUGUGGUGAUGGAAGCGUUAGCUUGGAACAUCGGUAUUCAGGGCUGCAUGCAACCGAUAGCAGCGUUAUUCGUGGCCCUUGUCCUGUGCCCGGUCAUCUCAUUCGUGAUACUUACAAUUGCUGUGAUACGUUACUGGGUCAGAGUAUUCUGGGAUACGGCUAUGUUCCAUCUAGUGAUCAAAAAUAGAGGUCGGAUACCAGCGAGUGACAGCUUCGUCGUAAAGAGAAUAGCUGGGCCGGGAUUAGCUUCGGAUUAUUAUUAUCAAAUCAGAGCGGAACAGGCGUUGGCCGCGUUUGAGGCGAAACUAGAGCUGGACGAAUUGCUGGCUUUCCAGCAGGAGACCGAGAGACUCGUCACUCAACCGCAGAGAGAUUUUACGCAGUUCGUCGAGGCCUGUUUCGGCCCGUUCGCCGCUAGUCUCGCCAAGACAAAGGAUCCGUACAAAUCGCUCGAGAAAGAAGCCAAAGAUCUAAUCGCCGUACUGUACGAGAAGCUGGACCGGCGAAGAAAAAAUUUGCAGACUGGUCUCGGCGUCGCGGUGAGGAGUAAGAUCAAAUUAACCACUUUCGACCUGAAGGUGGUCAUACAGCAAGGCGCGCUGAUGCUGGAACGUCUCUAUCCCACUCACGUUUUCGCGAGAUUGCCUGGAAACGAGGAGGACUUCUGGGAGAACAAAGGUUUAGGGGUGUGCGACUGGGCGGGCCUGGCGGGGCUCAUGUACGCCGACAUCUUCAGUCUGGAUUUCCUGCAGCCGCUCGACGACUCCGAUACGAAAUUCAGAUUGGAGCCGCAUCCGGGAGUCGAUCUGUCGCGGUACACGGACAUGGUGCACAGCACCGAGCUCGGCGGCAUCAACGGGCCCGAUUUACUCGGCGCUGUUUACGCGCCGCGCGGGAAUAUCCAGGUGCACAGCCCGUAUCUCGAGGUGUCCGCCUUUAAUCCGAGGGCCAAGCAAACCAGCAACAGCAGAAAGUCCGACAAGCGAUGCGAUACCAGCGGCUUGUUGACGUCGACGAAGAUUCGGAGGCGCACGAUGACGAGCGAGAACAACUCGGAGGGACGGUGGCAGCCGUGGAAACGCCAGAUUCAAACGUACAGCGCGGAGAAGCUGGUGAUCCCGCUGCCGAUUCCGCAUCCGGCUCACAUAGCGGUGACCAUUCACAACCGCGACUCGGAGGAUCCGAUACCGCUCGACUCGGAACUGUGUCAGAACAUCCUGCGAGCCAUCGAGGAGUCGCCCGGCGAGAUGGCGACGGAAUACGUGAGUCGGUACAGAGGCGGCGGCGGCGGCGACUCCAGCUUCGACUCGGUCGCGUCGCAGUCGUCGGUCUCGAUCGACACCGGCCUGGACAAGGAGAACGAGACGACGCAGGAGACCGCCGCGGCGAACGCCGAGAGAGAGGGCGAGACCUACCACUGGACCCUGUCGAAUUGGGGCGGUGGCAUGACGCGCAGGCGGAACAAUUCCGGAUCCAUAAAGGUCGACCUAGCGUCACCGGAGGACGUCACCCUCGACACAGAUACCACCAGAGUGAUGUUCAGCACUUACGGAACAACCGUCUAAUAGCGUUUUCGACUGGACCAGGAUUAAUCGCUCCGGGAGCGAUUAAUGACGUCACGAGUUUUGUUUUAGUUUACUAGACAAAUAACCCAAAUGCAACCCAUGUUCGACCCAUACCAUUGCGAAUUGAUCCAUCAGUGCUAAGAAGCUACGUUAGGUUACAAUCAGGUUAUACGUGCGUGUUUAUUGUGGAACAAAGUAUUCUUUGACGAUAAUAACGCGUAAGUGUACCAAUAAACUUUUCGAUUUUAUCAUAAAAUUGACAAGAAUAUUGUAACUAGAACCUAACCCAGGUUCUUAACCCAUUUUCGGUCGAACAUAUGUUCCUAGUAUCUUCGGGUUAAUCGCUCCGGGAGCGCUAAGGCCCGGUCUACAAUGAGUUGUUAGUCGUUAGUCAGAAGUCGGAACUAUAUGUCGG